CUUCUGAUGAACGGGCUUGUGGCGUGCACAGGGAGCCAGUUCUGCGGGCAGGCGAUCAUUGAGACGAAAGCGAGGGCGCUGCGGGUGACGGAAGAGGUAGAUAGGCGUGUAGCGACGGCGCGGCCGGUGAGGAUGCACUGGACCGGUUGCCCAAACAGCUGCGGCCAGGUUCAGGUUGCAGACAUAGGGUUUAUGGGCUGCUUGACACGCAAUGCCGAGGGGAAGGUUUGUGAGGGAGUAGAUGUAUAUUUAGGUGGGAGAGUUGGUAGCGAUUCGCACCUCGGGGAGCCGUACAAGAAAGCUGUUCCCUGCGACGACAUUGUGGCCGUUGUAGUCGAGAUUCUGGUGGAGAAAUUCGGAGCCGUGCCUAGGGUGAGGGAAGAUGAAAGCUAAGGAAUUUUGCUGCAUCUACUAAUGAACGAUAAAAACAGAAGUAUUGCACCUAGAAGUUCUGAAGUGAAUGAGAAAUACUGGUGAUUCCUUUCCAAAAAAAUUGGAAGGAUGGGAUGAACGCUUUAACAAAAUGCUAUGAUCUCUUGGCUUUGCAUGCAAAUUUAAGAGAUCCAAAUAAUUUUGAUUAAACUGCCAGAAUGGUCUCGAACUGUUAUCUUGUUCUCUGGAGGUUGGUUUGAUGGAUUCAGUUAUGUUCUAGCUGAAAGCUGAUGGCUUUGAUGGCUUUCUUAGUAGCCUUUCUUUGGAAGGCUGUUAAUAGUUAGUGUUGGAGAUGGUUCUUUUGGUUCUCAUUCGGAAUUGUUGAUAUCUGUGAAGAUGUGAAUCGGUGGCCCUCAAUUUUGUUUUGGGUGUCAUUUUUGCUGGUUUCUUUUGUUUAAUAUUUGUCCUUUUGUUUGGUGUUGGAAGGAGUUGUGUUGUAUUAUCUUUUAUUGUAUUUUUAUUCCUUAGAUAAAAUUGGGCGGUACCCUUAUUUUUUUUCAAUA